AUGAGGACUCAAUCCUUGUCACUGAAGAGUAGUGGCGUAGCCAGAAUUACACUUAUUAGUGAUGAUAAACGGCAUUGUAAUGCUGGUCCUGAGAAGAAUGUUGAAGGCUACCUUGUCAGUACUGUUGUCUGCUCUGCUAGUUGUCGUUCUUAUUCAAGAGACACAAUCUUAUCGAUCACAGGAGGCGCACCGUCAUUGUCGUGA